CUUGUUCUCUUUAGGCUGAAGCUGGUGAGGGGCUUCCUGGCCACCCUGAACCUACCAGGCCUACCGGACCCACGGUGGGAGCUGAGGCCGAGGGCUCCGGCCUGGGCUGGGGCUCGGACGUCGGCUCUGGCUCUGGUGACCUGGUGCGCGGUGGGGAGCUGUUAAGAGGUCCCCCAGGCCCCCCGGGCCCACCUGGCUCACCUGGGAUUCCAGGAAAACCAGGAACUGAUGUUUUCAUGGGACCCCCUGGAUCGCCUGGACAGGAUGGAGCUGCUGGUGAACCUGGGCCCCCGGGCCCUGAGGGACAGCCUGGAGCUGAUGGAGCCUCCGGCCUUCCUGGGAUGAAGGGAGAGAAGGGCGCAAGAGGGCCUAAUGGCUCAGUCGGUGAAAAGGGCGACCCUGGCAACAGAGGCUUACCAGGACCUCCAGGGAAAAAUGGACAAGUUGGCUCUCCUGGGGUCAUGGGACCCCCGGGGCCUCCUGGACCCCCAGGGCCCCCAGGUCCUGGAUGUGCAACGGGACUUGGGUUUGAGGAUACCGAAGGGUCUGGAAGCAUCAGGCUGUUACACGAACCCAGAAUCUCCGGACCAGUGGCUCCGAGUGGUCCCAAAGGAGAAAAAGGAGACCAGGGACCCAAGGGUGACAGAGGCAUGGAUGGAGCCAGCAUUAUGGGACCCCCUGGACCCAGGGGGCCGCCUGGUCGCAUCGAGGUCCUGUCCAGUUCCUUGAGCAACGUCACCCAUGGGUUCGUGAAUCUCUCGGACAUCCCUGAGCUCACUGGGCCUCCGGGUCCGGAGGGCAUACCUGGGCUGCCAGGAUUUCCAGGCCCUCGAGGACCAAAAGGUGACAUCGGUGUGCCUGGAUUUCCAGGACUGAAAGGAGAACAGGGCGAGAAGGGAGAGCCAGGUGCCAUCCUGACAGGGGACAUUCCUCUGGAACGGCUGCAGGGAAAAAAGGGUGAACCUGGAGUGCACGGAGCCCCGGGACCAAUGGGGCCCAAAGGACCGCCGGGACACAAAGGAGAGUUUGGCCUUCCUGGACGACCUGGUCGCCCAGGACUGAAUGGCCUCAAGGGCGCCAAAGGAGACCAAGGGAUCAUGAUGCCGGGCCCACCUGGCUUACCUGGUCCUCCAGGGCCCCCGGGACCCCCUGGAGCUGUGAUUAACAUCAAAGGAGCUGUCUUCCCUGUACCAGUCCGACCACACUGCAAAACACCGGUAAGUAGUGUGGAGUCACGGCCUUACAGACCAGGCUUUGGCAUAGAAAGCAACCUAGAGACGGUGAUCAGUCUUUGCCUCGAGCCCCCACAAUCCAUCAGUGUCCUCUUUGAUGUCUCCUAUCACAUGUACAGACCCUGAAGUGAGUAGCUAGAA